ACAAACAAUGACAAGCCACUCUUCACCACUAGCAAAAAAGUGCGACCACUUCCUUCUUCUAAUGUCCAGCCCUUCUCAUAUUUAUAUUCCCUACCAACCAUGAACUCAUUCAACAAUUCUCUUAAGAGUACUACAGAACUAAAUACGUAGUCCCUAAUGCACCUCCAUUCUGUUCUUCCUCUGUAAAGUUAAGGUCUACAUAACACCGAUCUUUGCUCUCUGUUUCUGUCUCUCUCUUCAAUAAUGGUUUUAGCAACAAGCCACAGUGGGAAAGAUGGUGCGCACGCUGAUCCUGCAGUAGACUUUCGAGGAAAUCCUGUGGAUAAGUCCAGAACUGGAGGAUGGCUUGCUGCGGGGCUCAUUUUGGGGACCGAACUUUCAGAGAGAAUAUGCGUCAUGGGCAUAUCAAUGAAUUUAGUGACAUACCUAGUAGGAGAGCUGCAUAUUUCAUCGGCAAAAUCUGCAACCAUAGUCACCAAUUUCAUGGGUACUCUCAACCUUCUCGGCCUCCUAGGAGGUUUCUUGGCAGAUGCUAAGCUUGGUCGGUACUGGGCAGUUGCUAUCUUCGCAUCCAUAACUGCUUUGGGGCUCAGUCUAUUAACCAUGGCCACAACCAUUCCUACCAUGAGACCCCCACAGUGCGAUGACUACAGGAAACAGCAUUAUCAGUGUAUCGAGGCCAGUGGAAAUCAACUGGCUCUGCUAUAUGCAGCACUUUAUACCACAGCACUUGGUGGUGGUGGAAUUAAGUCUAAUGUCUCAGGUUUUGGAUCUGAUCAGUUCGAUCAAACAGAUCCCAAGGAGGAGAAGGCGAUGCAUUUCUUCUUCAAUAGGUUCUACUUUUGCAUUAGCAUCGGGUCAUUGUUUGCGGUUAUAGUGCUUGUAUACAUACAAGAUAACGUGGGAAGAGGGUGGGGAUAUGGAAUUUCAGCGGGGACGAUGGUGAUCGCAGUAGCAGUAUUGCUCUGUGGGACACCGUGGUACCGUUUCAAGAAGCCUCGAGGUAGCCCAUUAACUACCAUAUGGAGGGUAUCACUCUUGGCAUGGAAGAAGAGGAGGCACCCUUAUCCUUCCCAUCCCAGCCUUCUGAAUGAUUAUGACAGUGCCGCAGUUCCCCACACAGAGAAAUUCAAGUAUCUUGACAAGGCUGCAAUCAUGGAUCCCACCUCCAGCGCACAAAAAAAUGACCCUUGGAUAGUAUCGACUGUUACGGAAGUUGAAGAAGUGAAGAUGGUACUAAAGCUCAUCCCAAUUUGGUCUACAUGUAUCCUCUUUUGGACAGUCUACUCUCAAAUGACUACUUUCACCAUUGAACAAGCGACCUUCAUGAACAGAAAAGUUGGCUCCUUGGUUAUUCCUUCAGGUUCAUACUCCACCUUUCUCUUUAUCACCAUUCUCCUCUUUACAUCCCUAAAUGAAAGACUCUUCAUUCCCCUGGCUCGAAAGAUCACCCGCAAUGCACAAGGACUGACAAGCCUUCAAAGGAUUGGAAUUGGACUCUUUCUUUCAAUACUAGCUAUGGUGGCCGCUGCUAUCAUUGAGAAAGAAAGAAGGGAAACUGUUAUUCAACAAAAUACAAUGAUAAGUGCCUUUUGGCUAGUCCCUCAAUAUUUCCUAGUGGGUGCCGGGGAGGCUUUCGUUUAUGUUGGACAACUUGAGUUUUUCAUCAGAGAGGCGCCAGAAAGGAUGAAAUCAAUGAGCACUGGGCUUUUCCUUAGCAGCAUCUCAAUGGGUUUCUUUGUUAGCAGUUUGUUGGUGUCUUUAGUUGACAAAGCUACCAAGAAAAUCUGGCUCAGGAGCAACUUGAAUAAAGGGAGGUUAAAUAACUUCUAUUGGAUGCUUGCAGUGCUAGGACUGUUGAACCUAUUCAUUUUCCUAGUUUUUGCAAGGGGGCAUCAGUACAAAGUCCAGCAGUAUAUCAAGCCCAAGAACUCUGAAGAGAAAGAGCUUAAAACUGCAAAUGAUUUGACUGUUUUAGAGAUGGUGAAGGAGGAGGAAAUGAUUUAACUGUCAUAAACAUACAAGAGGAAAACAACAUUGAUGAAAAGGAAGGACCGUAGUCUACAUGCUCUCCAAGGCCUUCCUGAUGUUCUGAAAUUUCUUUACACAGCCUUUAAAAACACAAUUAUAGAGUGCUAGUUUAUACUCAAUUUUCAGACCUAUUGAAAAUUGAGCUACUUUAGAUGUGAUGUUGGGUGUCCAGUCAUUGUAUGAUUUCAGACACGAUUUUCAGAUUCAUAUAUUUAAAACCAAGUACUUUUUAAAA